AAUAUGUUUUGGUAUGCAAAACCUGAGGCUGAACCAACUUUGUUAGAGAAUCCAUGGAGACAAACAAAGGGUGAAUGGAAUGACAAGUACUGCGGAGAAAUAAUUCAAGAAUUAAAGGAAUUUGAGGUGGGAGAUAAGAUAACUAAAGCUCAGUGUUUGCUUCUCGGUCCAGUUAUUUCGGGGAAAUCGAGUUUUGUCAACUCGGUUAUUAGUAUUUGCAAAAAGAGGUACUCGAAUUCAGCAUACACCGCAGGAAGGCGAUGGACAUCUGUUACUAGAGAGUACUUUUCCUUUGACUGUGAGGAUGAAAUUGGGAAAAAAUUCUGCCUCUGUGACACGGCUGGAAUGAUGGAAAAAGAAGAACAUGGCUUUAACGUCGAAAAUAUUGUUUUUCUGAUAGAAGGAAACGUAGAAGACGGCUACAAAUUCAAUCCUACAAACACAAUAGAGGAAAACGACUUCCAUUUUAGAAAAAAUCCGAUGCUCGCAGAUAAAAUACAUUGUGCAGUAUUUGUUUUACCAGCAACUGCAAUAGAUCGUCUGUCCGAAAUGUACAUGGAAAAAUUUCGUAUUCUGCAGGAAAAGUUGGUGAAAAAAGAUAUCCCGCGGGUUCUGCUGUUGACGAAUUGUGAUCUUUUUUGUGAUGAGGUAAAACAAAAUAAGAGAAAUUUAUACAGAAGCAUAAAAGUCGAGAAGGUUGCUACGAAAGCUGCUGAAACGUUAAGCAUACCAUUGAGUAACAUUCACCCGAUUGUUAACCACGGAGGGGGUGAAGUAUAUUUGGAUCCUGCGACAUCCAUCCCGAUUUUGCUUGCUCUUAGGCAGAUGAUCCAUUUUGCAAAUGAUUUCAUAGAGAAAUAUACCAAAAAGGAAAAGAUGGAAAACGCAAGAAGAAACAAGAGGGAAAACGUCACAAACAUGAUGAUGGAAAACACAACAAAUAAAUGAAUGGAAUACAUUUUUAUUUGCUACAUGUGAUGUCAAUUCGUCUGUGCAUAAUUAUGUUUUAUCAUACGCGAGUUUAGACGAACAUGUUGGACUGUAUGAUUUGAAUAUUUUUACCAGGAACGCAUUCUGAAUCAGAGAUGCAUCAUAAAAUUGCUUAACUAUGAGAUCAGAAGAUAUUGAUAGAUUUCAGAACUGAACAGCACAAUAUUGAAUCUUUUUGAAUUAUCCAUAUGAUUUAUUUAGAAUCUCAUAUUCCCCUACUUUGCACUUUAUAGCAUAGGUGUUAAACAAAUGUCUUACUUUGGAACACAAAUAUGAGAUUUUCAAAAGUAAAUUAACUCUUUUGAUGUAGAUUCUUUCAAAGUGCAUUGCACUUUUAAAGCAGAAAAUAUACAUUCUUAACAUAUACAGUAUUUGUACAUUAUCUAUGUUUUAAGUGAAAUGAAACUUAAAAUGCAAUUUAUCAUUUUUUUCCAUGUUUUAAGCUAUUUUUAAGCCCAAAUGUUCAUUGAAUUACAGGCUACCAAGAUUGUUUAAACAAUGUCUAUUCGUAACAAAAACAUGGCUGUCAGAAGAAGUGGUCACUUUUCACUGUACAAAUAUACAAGGAACUUUCAGUUACAAUUCCCCCGUGUUUGAAAUAGGACAAAACAAAAAUUUAUUUCGUAACUCGUCAAAAAUAUGGCCGUUAAAAACGGACAUAUUUCAAGAAUAUGUUCUAAACCACUUUUCUAACCAUUUUUAAAUUGAUUUCAUACAAAUAUUUCUUAAGUGACUAUUUACCAAGCUAUUUGUCAUAAAAACAUGACCGCCUACUGGCAUGGUAUGUUUUACUAAUAAAGUACGAACUUUGCUGCCAGGAACCGCUGGCCAGUUUCGAAACAACUUUACACAAAUGUUCUUUCGUUGACCUUCUAUAUAUUGUUUAUAUCAUUUUAAUUUGUCAAAAAUAUGUGCUAUCAAGAGGCAUAAGUAGAAAAUUCAACAGUCGUGUCCUCCUUACAACUGAUCUGAUUUUAAAACUAUGACACAGAAAUGCUUUUUCACCCUCUACUAAACUAUUGACUUUGACUUAUAACUAGAUGCCCACGGGCAACACGUCGAGCCCGCAAGAUGUCAAAUGAAAUGACAGUUAUGAUACUAUUAAAAGAAUGCUUUUGAGUGGAUUUGUCAGAUAUCAUCACCGAUGCCGACGAGAGUACAAUAGCCCUCCUUAUAAUUCAAACAGUUAAGCUAUAAAUGGCAUUUCUGAAAUUGUCCAACUGUAUUUAAUUCUCAAUUGCAACUAAUACUAAGCCAUGACGGUUCGAUAAAAUUAUAGCCAUAUUGAUCUUUAAACUCCAAGUGUGGCCUUAACCUUUAAGAUAUUGACACGGGUGUUGCGCGCGACACGUCGUCUCAUGGUGGUGAACAAUUGUGACAAAUUAUUUUAAAAUCCUACAAUCAAUGACAAACGUAUACCCUAUCUUUGACAUUUGACCUCUAAGUGUGACUUUGAUCUUUAAGACAUUAAAGCGGUUGUCGCACGCCACAAACAGUCCCAUAGUUGUGAACAAUUGUUCCAGAUUAUUUUAAAAUCCCACAAUCAAUGACAAAGUUAUUGUCCUGACAAGGUCAAUUUUAGCCAUAUUUGACAUUUAAACUCCAAGUGUGACCUUGACCUUUAAGAUAUCGACGCCGGUGUUGCAUGCGACACACCAUCUCAUAGUUGUGAACAAUUGUUCCAGGUUAUUUUAAAAUUCCACAAUCAAUGACAAAGUUAUUGUCCUGACAAGGUCAAUUAUAGCCAUAUUUGACAUUUAAACUCCAAAUGUGACCUUGGCCUUUAAGAUAUUGAAACGGUGUUGCGCGUGACAAGCCGUCUCAUGGUGGUGAACAAUUGUGCCAAGUUAUUUUAAAAUCCCACAAUCAAACUUAUGGUCCGGACAAAGAAAUUCGGACGGACGCACUGACGCAUGCACGCACAUACAUAGAACAGCCAUUUGGACAAGUAUGUCUUCGCUCCCUUACGGGCUCGACAAAAAUACUUGGCAACUGGACCGGCAUUUUUGUGGCUUUAUUCAAAACUUAAUCAGAACCUUCUCUAAAUCUUUAGACCAGGAUAUAAAAUGACAGAAAUAUUUCUUUAAUAACUAUAUCGUAUAGCAUGUAAGCUAUAAGGAAAAGAUAUUUCUUCCUGUGACUGUGAAGAAACCAUGAAAAUUUGUAUUGAAAUAUUUUGAAGUAUUCUGAAUCAAAAAACGGAGGAAAAAGGCACUUCAUUGACAUAACUUACCCUAAGCCGAGGCUCCAAAAAGGGACCAAUAUUUUAUCAAUUUUGAUCAUAUAAUUUGUAUUUCAAUUUCAGUCGUUGGUAAGUAUGUUACUUUUUGUCAGUCUGUAUUUAAAGCGAGCGUGUUGUAUCUGUGAUUCGUUCCAUGAUUUGGUUGGAUUUUAUUUUGCUGUAACUUUAGCGUGUGGUUGUGGGUUUCUUAGGAUUUUUUUUUUUUUUUUUUUACAGUCAAAUAUAUUUGAUAAAGAUAAGAAAAAUGCAGUUCCCGUUAAGGCAUCAGUUUAGGGUAAUUCAUGCCGAUAUAUUGUACAUUGUGUAUAUGAUCAUGUUUUCGUUCAGCAUACAUGAAGUUAAAGACAAAUGUCCGUUUCUUCACAAUAACACUUUUGCUCAUUCAGUUUGACAAAGAUAUGAACAGACAGCCAAUAUCUUAUUACGCCCCUUCUUUGUGUGUAUUCUAAGACUUGAGUAUCUUAGGUUAAAAUUUGUAUAUUUGUUAAUACCAAACAAUUGUCAGUCCAUGUCAGAAAUAUUCUAUCAAAAUUUAGAUUAUAAAACAUAACUAUUAAGUAUAUUUCCAUGUGAAUGAAAACAACUAUAUUUCCUUUAAAAAUUCCAAGGUAGCUUGAGCAUUCUCCUCCUCUUUUAGGGCUUGGAAUACCUUAGAUUGAUUACAUGACAAGUUUGAGUUUUCUUCACAAAUAGGAAUAACUUCCAUACGCUAUGCACUAUGUACUAACAUUGUUACCUCGUUGGUCUGUGAGUGACACAGGACCAUCAUGGCCGUUUUAAAAAGUUUGUAGCUGAGGUUAAUUCCUCAAACUGAGGAGCACUUAAGUUUGAAACAUGGUUUUGUUGUUAAAAAUCGUUGGGAAAAACGAGAAAAAGAAUAUUCUUGUGUACAGUGUGUCAAGCAGCUCCGAAUUAUGAGCAGUUCCAGAUCACUUCAAUUUUAUUCUUCACAUGUUGUUGCCAAUAAAACAAAAUGUUUUGUCCCUUUAAUGUCCCUUAGUUAAAGGACUAAUUUGACAAACCUUUUUAGAAAUUGGGUGUCUUGUUGUUUUUCCGGGGGAGAUAAAUGUUGAAAAAAGUGAUUCUGAACUACUUGAAUGACUGUGUUUGGAAAUGACCUCAUUAAUAAUUGAAGGCUUUCUUGUUUUCACAAAACGUUUUUUUGCAGAUGGAAAUUAACUGUCAUGACUAUGAAAUGUUUAUUUCAUAUUUUUCAUAAUUCUGCAUUUAUUCUUCUGACUGACCUUCAGUUGCAAUUUUUCGAUGAAAAUCAGUAUGUACCCCGUGGCUAAACUAGUUAUCAUAGAAAUGAAAUCAUACCUUUUAUUUUUACCUCUUGUCACUAAACACAAAAUUCCAAAAGACACAAUUCUGAUUGAUAGAAUGAACGUUUUCUAUUAGGUGAUUCGGAACUGCUUCACACACUGUACUGUUAAUUCAUCAUUUAGAAUUAUGUUUUCCUCUCUCCUGAAUGAAAAAGAAAUUUGUUUGCUUUCUAUACUUAGUUUUGUUAACCUUUCAUUUCCUUUUUAUCACGUGUUGAUUGCAUGGAAUUUUAGAAACAAAUAAGAGAAAAGAAUGUUGUUAAUGUUAUGUUUGGUUGGUUAUCUUUUUUUUAUUGUACUUUCUUUUAACUUCAAUACUGAAAUUGUGUGUACAUAUAUAUAUUAAAGUACA